AUGCAAAAUAAUAAUGUUAUACCGUAUGCAGUGGUGGCUGCUGAUCCUACUAUUAUACCUGGUGUAAAUAAUAGACUGCAGGUACUGAAUACAUUUGAUCAAACCAUUCAUUUGCUGAUACGAUCGGACAAAGCAUUCAAGCAGUACCCACACAAUCUAACAGCGAAUGCACAGUAUGGCAGCGUCGAAGCAAAUGAUACAAUCGUCUUCGAGGUGAGCAGUGACGACUCCCAUGUAUCGGUGUUCAUCACUGAAAAUCAACGCUAUUACAAUGUCCUUUUCGAUAGGCAAGUCAGCAAAGGUAACUGCCUCAGAUUCAAACAAUCACACAUCAAACUCGCUAGAGAACGACUACCACGAUAUUUCAAUGCACAAUUCGAAGAGAUAAUAGAAGCGGUGCCUGCUGCCAAUAAUGUUGCACCACCUGUCAAUAAUUUUGUUGCAGCCAAUCAUAUAGAGACUGGCGCAGAAGAUAUAAACAAUGUAGAACACCUUGUGGUUAGAGAGACAGCAGAAGCAGGAAAGAAUAUGGCGAAUAAUUUACAAGCUGCCGUGGUGAUUCCCGAUCCUACUAUAGUGCCUGGUGAGGUGAUGCGACUUCAAAUACUGAACACCACCAAUCGACCCGUACACGUGCUCAUUCGACCGAGGUCAGCACACGAACAGUUCCCCAAACAAUUAGAUGAAUUGGCACAGUAUGGUGCAGUCGCAGGAAACAACACGGCGACAACAUACGAAGUACACAGUCCUGAAUCGUUUGUAUCGGUGUUUGUCAUCGCUCAAAAUGGAUUCUAUCUUUUGGUCAUUAAGAAUCGACAGAUCAACAGAGCAAGCAGUAAUUUCAAGACAUUGAUUUACAUAGAUGUCAUUGUUUCAAAAGAUGCCUACAAAGACAAGACAAAGACUGACAAGUCUAAAGUUGUCGAGCAUUCAGGUAAGGUAAAAAAGAUAAUAACAUCGCGACAGACCAAGAGAAGAGAUACACAACAUCUAUCGAGAUUACCAAACCAGAUUAUUUACUCAUAA